UGCCUUUUAUCUUUAUAUCUUGUUUCUUUCUUCUUUGUUUCUUUUCCAUUUCUUUCCAUUUUCCUUGUUUUACUUUUUCUGUUUUCAUAGAGAGAAAGAACAAGAACAAAAACAUGGCUACACUUGUUGUCCCUCCAAUUCCUCCUUCUCCUAGAGAUGAUGCCACUCACCUUUAUCGUGCUUUCAAAGGAUUUGGGUGUGACACAAGUGCUGUAAUCAAUAUCCUUGCUCAUCGAGAUGCUACAAUGCGCGCCUACAUCCAAAUGGAAUACAAAACUACAUAUUCCGAGGAACUCUCGAAACGCUUAGCUUCGGAGCUCACUGGAAAGUUAGAGACUGCAGUUCUACUUUGGAUGCAUGACCCUGCUGGACGCGACGCAGAAAUCAUUAGAAAGUCUCUAAUUGUGGACAGAAACCUUGAAGCUGCUACUGAAGUAAUAUGUUCGCGCACGCCAUCGCAGCUACAGUUUUUAAAACAGCUCUAUCAUUCAAAGUUUGGCGUUUAUCUCGAGCACGAAAUCGAAUUAAACACUUCUGGUGAUCAUCAAAAGAUCCUGCUUGCAUUUAUAAGUACUCCUCGCCACGAAGGCCCGGAGGUUAAUAGAGAAAUUUCUCAGAAGGAUGCAAAGGUUCUCUACAAAGCAGGGGAGAAGAAACUUGGAACCGACGAAAAGACUUUUGUCCACAUAUUCGCUGAGCGGAGCGCAGCACAUUUGGCCGCAGUCAGUUCUUAUUAUCACGACAUGUAUGGUCACUCAUUGGAGAAGGCCGUAAAGAAUGAAGCGUCGGGGAAUUUCGGUCACGCACUUUUGACUAUAAUUCAAUGUGCUACUAAUCCAGGAAAGUAUUUUGCAAAGGUGUUGCAUAAGGCAAUGAAAGGUUUAGGGACAAAUGAUAGCACACUGAUAAGGGUGAUUGUAACAAGGACUGAAAUUGAUAUGCAAUAUAUCAAAGCUGAAUAUUCAAAGAAAUACAAGAAGACACUAAAUGAUGCUGUUCAUUCUGAAACAUCUGGUCACUAUAGGACUUUUCUUCUCUCACUUUUGGGUCCUAAUCACUAGUCAAGAAGAUGUUUUUAAUCAUGUUUCAUUUGGAAUGUUUUUCAAACUAUGAUGUUUAAAUGUUUUAAUUUAGUUGUUUGGUGUUAUUUGUAAGGCAUUUGAAAGGAUUAUCAUGAACAUGCAUUUCAAUUUCAGUUAGAACGUGUUUGGAAGAGAAUUUUAUAAUUCAAUGUCAUUUUUUAGGGU